AUGAAUAAAAGAAAAUUAGAUAAAAGUAAUUUAAUAAAAAAAUUAAAAAUUAUUAAAUCAAAUAAUAUCAAUCCAACAAAUAUUAAUAAUAAUAUUAAUAAUAAAUUAUCAAAUGAAUUUCAAGGAGCUUUAAAAUUUAUACCACAACAACUUCUAGUAAAUUGUUAUAAAAUUAAUAUAGAAAAUAUUAUAUUUAAAAAUAAAUUUAUUAAUUUUAAAAUUACACAUAAAAAUUCUUCAAUCCAUGAAAAUAUUAAUAAAAUAAAUAAAAUUAAUAAUUUUAAUAAUUUAAAUAAAAAUGUAAAUAAUUUGGCUAAUAAAAAUAAUUUUUUAAAAAAUUUGGAUAAUGAUAGAUUGAAAAUAUUAUUACCAAAUACAUUAAUAUUAAAGAAGAAAUUUGAUAAUAGUUAUCCAAUUUUAUCUAUAGAUUUUGGUAAUAGAAUUGGAUUAAGUUUUAAUUAUUUUAAUGAAAUUGAAUUAUUUAAUAUUAAAUUUACAAAUUAUCAACAAACUACACAAGAAAUUAUUAAAAUUAUUAAUUAUAUUAAAUAUAAAUUUAUUAUACAUCAAAUUUUUAUCUUAUUAGGAUUUCCAUUUAUACCUAAUCUAUAUCAUACAGAAUGGGAUGUACUAGGGAAUAUAAUAGAGAGGGAUGUGGAGAGGGAUAUAGUAGAGAGGGAUGUGGAGAGUGAUGUAUUGGGGAAUAGAAAAUAUGUAUAUACAGAUUUAAGAUUAUUAUAUCAAAUAUUAUUUACAUUAGAUUUUGGAUUAUAUUUAGCAUAUUAUGUUAACACCGUUACGGGGUCUCCCGUUACGGGGUCUGGUCCUACGGGUACUCCAACGGGAAAGAGAGCAAAUAACACUUUUAGUACUAUGGGAAAGGGAGCUAAUUUUACAGCCAUAGAGUGUACCAUGGGAAAGGGAGCUAAUUCUAUGCCUAUGGAGUGUACUAGUGAAAGGGAGCUAACUACAGCUAUGGAGUGUACUACUAAGGAUAUUGGUGCCGUUGGAGCAAGCACCGUAACGGACGUAACUGAGAAUUUUAUUACAAAAUGUAUAUAUUGUAAAUUAUUUGGAAAUAAGAAAUGUAUAUUUGGUGGAAAUUGUACUAGUGAACAUUUUACUACUUAUCAAAUUUCUUUAUUUAAUUUUCCCAAUACGGUGCUUGGUCAAGCGGAUAGUAAUGGACCUAAGGUUAGUAGUAGUACUACAGGUACCAUUGGAGCAAGCACCGUAACUCCGGGAAAGAGAGCUAAUUACACUUUUAAUACCUUGGGAAAGGGAGCUAAUUUUACAGCCAUGGAGUGUACCCCUGGAAAGGGAGCUAAUUUUAUGGGUAUGGAGUGUACCCCGGGAAAGAGAGAUAAUAAUUGUACUCCCGGAAGGAGAGCAAAUGACACUUUUAAUACUAUGGGAAAGGGAGCUAAUUUUAUGGGUACAGAGUGUACUAUGGGAAAGAGAGCUAAUUUUAUGGGUACAGAGUGUACCAUGGGAAAGAGAGCUAAUUUUAUGGGUACAGAGUGUAUUACUAGUAAGGGAGACCCUUUCAGGGGUGGCCGUGGACCAGACACCGUAACGGGGAAUAAAGACAAUAAAAGUUCAAUAAAUAUAUAUAAGAAUUUAAUGAAUAUAAAAGAGAAUUUUAUAAUAUUACCAAAUAAAAAUAAUAUAUUUAAUAAUACAAGAUCAAAUAAUAUUUUAUUAUAUCAAAAUAUUAAAAAUAAACUCAUUAAAUCUAUACAAUAA